AUGCGAUGGUCAAUGUCAGAAACAUUAGAAAACUAUAAUAAUGAAAAAGGAUUAACAAGAGAACAAAAAGAGACUGAUUUGCCGAAUCCGGAUGAAGAUGAUGAUUUAAAUUAUGAUAACUAUGAUGAAUAUACUGAUAUAGAUCACCUAGACAAUAACAAUAAUAACAAUGGACUUCAUGAAGAUACGAGAAGUAUCCCGUCAAACGUUCCGACAAGACACAGUUCAAGUUUACCAAGUGAAAACAUUAUUGGAUCAUUUCAAUGUAUUCAUGAAGGGAAAUGGUAUCGUAAUAAUGAAGUUUUUGAAACAGGAGCAAAUAAUUGUGCCACAUGCACUUGUUUAAGCGGCCAACUUCAAUGUGAUGAUCGAAAAUGUAAACCAAAUAUCACAACUACAACGCCUCGUCCAACAACUCCUUUCACUACAACAUCAACUACACCGGCGCCACAAACUAGACAACUUGAUUACGCAUCACCUGGUACAAUUGCAAUUGGACCAAGAGGCGAAGACGGAUAUAUGGGGGCACCAGGUCGGCAAGGUGACAGUGGGGUUCCCGGCGUUCCAGGAAAUCCUGGAAUUCCUGGACCACCUGGUCCACCAGGUCCGAUUCCAGAUAUGUCAUUUUACACUCAACAAUUAGCCGAUGCUUAUGCAAGUAAUGAUAAGGGACCUGGAGCUCCCGCAUUUAGACCCGAAAAUUUUCAAUAUCUGCAAGCUCAAGUUGGACCAGUUGGGCCAAGAGGACCACCAGGACCUCCAGGAAUGGCAGGGCCACAAGGAUUUCAAGGAGGCAGAGGGGAGCCUGGUGAAGCAGGACAACCAGGGAUACCAGGCCAGCCAGGUCCUAGAGGACUUCCAGGAGCACCAGGGAAGGAUGGAGCAGCUGGAGAUGAUGGAGAAGCAGGAUCUCCAGGAGCUACUGGGCCACCAGGACCACGCGGUUUACCCGGAAUGCCAGGCAUACCCGGCGUAAAGGGACAUAGAGGCUAUCCUGGAAUCGAUGGUGCCAAAGGCGAAAAUGGUGCUCCAGGAGAAAAAGGAUCUACAGGACCAAUAGGAGCUAUCGGUCCUACCGGUCCAAUUGGUCCUGCUGGUGCUAGAGGAGAGCGUGGACGGGAGGGUCCCCCAGGAUCACCUGGAGCUCGAGGAGUAGAUGGAAUUCCAGGUCCACCUGGACAACCUGGGUCACCCGGAAAACCUGGCCCACCUGGAUUCCCCGGAACUCCUGGAGCUAAAGGUGAUAUGGGUCACAUAGGACCCAAAGGAGACCAGGGAUUACAGGGACCAAGAGGUGAAAGUGGAAGAGCAGGCGCUCCUGGAGAACCUGGAAACCCAGGUUUACCUGGCAAAGAUGGAUCCCCUGGAGAGAAAGGUGCUGUUGGUGCGCCAGGUAUCGCAGGCCCACAAGGAUUUCCUGGCAGUAGGGGACCACCCGGAGUCGACGGAAAUCCAGGACAACCAGGUAUGAAAGGUUUACCUGGUACACCUGGGGAACGAGGUUUCAAAGGAGAUAAUGGUUUAAAGGGUGAAUCCGGACCACCUGGUCCAAGAGGGUUGCCAGGAACAGUUGGCCCUGAAGGGAAACGUGGGAAGAGGGGAAUGAGAGGCCCUGCAGGACCUGGUGGACCACAAGGUGAAAGGGGUCCAACUGGUAGUCCAGGCCUUCCAGGACCUGACGGAGCACCAGGACCUAAAGGUGGAGCUGGUGAUAGGGGACCGGAAGGUCCCUUAGGUCCCAAAGGUAACGUUGGAGACGUUGGCCCACCCGGACCGGCUGGAAUUCAAGGAUUAAGAGGCCUACCAGGUCGAAUAGGACCUCAAGGAAAACAGGGUGGCCAAGGUGAACGAGGUUUGCCUGGAGCAGAUGGUAAACCAGGAGAACAAGGACCUCAAGGAUUACAAGGGCUACCGGGUCCUUUAGGGAUACCUGGUGACAAAGGUUUUCCAGGAGAACCAGGGAAAGAUGGUGAAGCCGGCCCCCAAGGAGUUCAAGGUCCACGAGGAGAUGCUGGAAAAGACGGACUACCUGGUUUGCCAGGACCCCCUGGGCCACAGGGACAAGAUGGACCAAGAGGAAAUCCUGGUCCCGAUGGCCCAAGAGGUUUUCAAGGGCUACCAGGAUCCCCAGGUAGUCCGGGUUCUCCUGGCAAAGAUGGUCAAAGUGGCCCAACCGGGCCUGCAGGACAAACCGGACCAGCUGGCCCAAGAGGUGAACGAGGUUUUCCUGGAGAAAGAGGCCCUAUAGGACAACCAGGAAAUUCUGGUGAAAGGGGAGAACCUGGAUCUCCUGGAAAUGAUGGACCGCCAGGCUUACCAGGAAAACCAGGCAUGAAAGGACAUAUAGGUGCACCAGGUAUGAUUGGAUUGCCAGGAUUACGUGGUCCACCAGGAUACGCAGGAGAAAAGGGUGAGAGGGGUAGCAUUGGACCAAUAGGAAGUGAAGGACCUGCUGGACGAAUGGGUGAACGAGGACCUCAAGGCUUAGUUGGUCCACCUGGACCACCUGGGGAACCUGCAGAAAGGGGAGAACCUGGUCCACCAGGUCCACCCGGAGAAGUUGGUGCUGCAGGAUCUCCGGGCGAGCGCGGUCCUAUAGGAGCGGCUGGUCCGCCAGGAUUUCCGGGUCCUCCUGGAAUAUCAGGCAUACCCGGAGCAAAAGGUGAUCGUGGACUAAUGGGUAUAAAAGGUGAACAAGGUAGUUCUGGGCCACAAGGUUUACCUGGAGAAUCAGGACUUCCCGGACCGAUUGGUUUAACCGGUGCCAAAGGAUCAAGAGGGGAAGUAGGACAAAGAGGAGAACCUGGUAUGGGUGGUCCACCAGGCAGACCAGGAGAACCGGGUUUGGCGGGCCAUCCAGGAAAUAUUGGGCCACCUGGACCUCCAGGAACUCCAGGUAUAAAAGGUAAUCCUGGAGACAAUGGAAGACCUGGAAAUCCUGGACACAUUGGCUUACAAGGUCCCCCCGGCGCAGAAGGUCUUAAAGGUGAAGCUGGUAGUGACGGUCAACCCGGGCUGCCAGGGAACCAAGGUCCUCCUGGACCAGCCGGCGAAAGAGGGUUGCCUGGACUAAAUGGUCCUCCUGGGACACCUGGGUUAAGAGGUCUACAAGGAAGUGCGGGCGAACGUGGAGUACCAGGUCCACAAGGAAAGGAUGGAGAACCGGGUUCCCAAGGAUUACCCGGACCAAUGGGAAUGCCUGGACCAAUGGGAGAAGCGGGUCCCGAAGGCCGACCUGGAAAAACUGGAGUUCCUGGAAUCGCUGGCAGACCUGGAGAUAAAGGACCACCUGGACAAAUUGGCAAUCAAGGACCGGCUGGUCCCCCAGGAUUACCGGGGCCUCCAGGUCCACUUGGUCCACAAGGUUUAACAGGAGAAAGAGGUUUCAAGGGUGAAACGGGUCCCCAAGGAGUAGAAGGGCAAAUGGGACCUAGAGGAAAACCGGGUCCACCUGGAACGGAAGGCACAAAAGGUGAUGCAGGAGAACCUGGCCCGAAAGGAUUAAAAGGACAUCGUGGUUUGGUUGGUUUACAAGGUCUUCCUGGCCAACCCGGCCUCAAAGGUGACAUAGGAAAUCCAGGAUCUCCAGGUCCAACAGGAAAACCAGGUGAUAUGGGGCCUCGAGGCUUACCAGGUCGCGAGGGUUCCGUUGGACAACCAGGACAAAUUGGUCCACAAGGAUUAAGAGGACAACAAGGUAGUGAAGGAAAACCUGGAGUACCAGGCCCAGCUGGUCCACCUGGACCACCUGGACCUCCAGGCGAAAGUUUAGGAUACGAUGCUGCAGCAUUAGCUGCCUUAUUGGCUCAAGGUUCAAUUGGAGGUUCUAAAGGACCAGACCCAGGUCUUGGCGACGAACCACCAAGAAUGUUUGGAAAAUUCGAUGAACUUACUGACGAGCAGCAUCAAGCCAUCAUUGAAAAAGCAUACAAACAAAUUAAAGAUCAAUUUGAUCGCAUAAAAAAACCUAACGGUGAACAAAAUUCUCCAGCAAAAACUUGUAAGGACUUGGCAUUUGCUUAUCCUGAUUUGAAAUCUGGAGAAUACUGGAUUGAUCCAAAUGAAGCAGAUCCAAGAGAUGCUAUUUUAGUUUAUUGUGAUAUGGAAAAGAAAGCCACAUGUGUAUAUGCAAAACCAAAUAAAAGUCCAAAAUUAACUUACUCCGGAAAAGAACAAGAAAUUUGGUUGGGUGAGAUGGAUAAUGGUAUUAAACUAACUUAUAAAGCAGAUUCAAUGCAAAUUGGAUUUUUACAAUUAUUAUCUGGUCGAAGUGAACAAAGUAUAACAUUACAUUGUAAGAAAACAAUUGGAUAUGAAGAUGAAGCAAAUAAUUCCUUUAGACGCGGAAUGAAAUUGCUUGCAUGGAAUGAUGCCGAACUUAGUCCAAAAGGACCGCAAAGAUUACGUUAUGAAGUUUUAGAAGACGGUUGUAAAUCACGUUCGAAUUCUUGGGCAAAAACAGUUAUCAAAUACACAACUGAUAAAACUACACGAUUACCAGUUAUUGAUGUUGGUAUACGUGAUAUUGGAGAACCUGAUCAACAAUUUUGGAUUGAAGUCGGAUCUGUUUGUUUUUAUUAA